AUGCCAUUAAUUUUGUUAACUGGGUACCCGUCAUCUGGUAAGACUACUUACGUAAAUCAAUUGGUUCAACUAUUGAAUAAAAAAAUUGAGUCUGAACCAUCUUUAUCGAAUUAUAAAGUGAUUGUCCACUCAGAUAAAUCAUUAGGUAUUGAGCACAAUGAUUAUAUUACAUCACAAGAUGAAAGAAAAUUAAGAUCAAAAAUUACAUCAGCUGUCAGAAGGGAUCUAACCAAAUCAAAUAUUAUUAUUGUUGAUUCUUUAAACUAUAUCAAGGGUUUUAGAUAUCAAUUACACUGUGAGGUAAAAAAUCUAGCUACAUCGUUUCUAUGUAUUUAUGUUAUGUCAUCUUUAAAACAAGUUCAAGAAUGGAAUCAGGUGGGAGACUUGUCAAAGGAUCAUACUCCAUGGGAUGAUAAAUUAUUAACUGAUUUGGUAGCAAGGUAUGAGGAACCGAACGAAACAAAUAGGUGGGAUUCUCCAUUAUUCCCACUUUUGUCUCCGCACGAUACGGUUGACUCUAUUAUCGACCCAAUUUACAAUAUUAUCUUUUCUAAUUCAAAUAAAAAUUCUAAGCAAUCUUCACCAUCACUAGAGAGCAAAUUGAACCAAUUGAAUUCUUCUUCUAAUAUUAAUAAUGGUAGUUUACCUGGUGUUCUAAAGCCUAAUUCAGUGACAUUGUUGAAACCUGCAAAGCAGUCCAAUUUUAUUCAAUUACUGGAGAUUGAAACAUCAAAAGUUAAUAAGGUAAUAUUGGCACAUUUAAAGGAACAAGACUCAAUUGGAAAUGGUUUGAGUGCAGGACAAUCAAGCAGAAUUAUAAUUGAAGGUGAUGAUGUUGAUGAUCCCAAUUGUAUUUUUGUUGACAUUAAUUCGAGAAAUAUUAACAUAGCCAAAUUACAGAGAUUGAAGCGACAAUUUAUUCAAUUAAAUAAAUUGAGAGAUUUGGACUUGGAUAGAAUGAAGGCACUUUAUUCAGAAUAUUUAACUAAAAACUUAACAGAUUGA